UGGAGGCAGGAGCUGCUACUACAGAGCAUCUUCACGUUGGGAGCGCCGCAGCCCCCAUGCCGGCGCCGGGUCUCCGCACGAUCGGAGCGCGUCCAACGCGCCUGCGCAGUGCGCCUCCGCCACCUCGGUGCUGAAGUUGGGCGGAUUGGAGGAAAAACACCUCCGAUGGAAAUCACGGCGGCGGCGGCGUGCAUCCGGACCGUGCGGAACAGCCAUCGGGCAGCAUCUCGGCGCGCCUCGGAUCAAUCGCGGCAGCAGACUGUCAUCUUACAUUUAAAAAGGAUGUGAUUGUCUUACCUUCUGGAGCAUCUCGGUGAUGAAUGGUCUUGGGUUCUGCUGAGGAGCAGGAGGAGAACGGUACCACCCAGACACAGACCAGCACCACCUCCAUCGCCUACCACAGCUCCCCCCCGAGACAACCCUGGAAGACACAACCUGAAGGAGACCCUCUGGUCCAGCCUGACCCUCUUCGCUUCCCUCCUGGCCUCCUUCCCCGCCUGGUCAGGGAUGGUGAGGGACAUGUCCACUGGAGGCUGCCCUGCUCCCAUGCUCGUUUCUCCUCCCAUCCUGCUCCACACGAUGCUCUUCUCACCAUGAUCGCCCUACCUACCCAGUCUAAGGACACCUGCUAAUUCGUCCGGCCCAACGUCCUGACGGAGCUGAAAUGCGAAAGCGGCAACAGCCACACGUGGAAGGAGCAGCCGAGCCACCCGGGGGCCCCAGGUCCAGCACGUGCUGCCUGUGCUGGUGCGGCUGCUGCAAAUGCCCCUGGAAUGAAGACAGGGUGGAGCGUACAGAGCGACAGACGUGCACGAAAAUGGACAGCAUUGAGGCUGCGGAAGACCGGAGGGCCACACUGGAGGAGGUGCUGUCCUGGUCCCGCAGUUUCGAGAGGAUGAUGCGUUCGGCGGAGGGCCGGGACGUUUUCCGAGAGUUUCUGCGCUCGGAAUACAGCGAGGAGAACCUCCUGUUCUGGCUGGCCUGCGAGGAGCUGAAGAGUGAGAUGGACCCCGGUGCCGUAGAUGAGAAGGCCCGCAUCAUCUACGAGGACUAUGUCUCCAUACUCUCGCCAAAGGAGGUCAGCCUGGACUCCCGGGUGCGGGAAGGCAUUAACCAGAGCCUGGCAGAGCCCAGCAGCCACAUGUACGCAGAGGCCCAGCUGCAGAUCUACACGCUGAUGCACCGCGACUCCUUCCCCCGAUUCCUCAACUCGGCCGCUUACGGGGACCUUGUGAACAGUAAGAGGAGCACCUGCCUGGACACUUAAACCUGCUCAAAAAACGAAAGGAGUAAUACGAGACGCAACUAAGGAAGCGUAGCGCCCUGAAAGAGAAGGUGUGGAUGCCGUGGGUCUGACGCAGAGAGAAUGACGAAGCGAUCGAAGCGACUGCUCUUUCCCACGUCGACUCAGGCAGCUGCGAAGCGGCGAGUGUCAGAAUGGCAGAUAUUGUACUGUAUUUUCAAAUCCCUCUCCUUUCCCCCUCUCUCUCUCUCUUCCCCUCUUUUCUCUCUCUCAUGCCUCACAUGUUUGAACUCAGCUUCAGAAAAUGUUUCUUUGAUGAGCUUGAGCUUGGUGAGUGAGAAGCUGACUGGCUCUCGGUCUCUGGCAUCCCAAGUGUUUUUUUGUGUUUGGGUUUAACCCUGACAGACUCCUGACGUAAGUGAUGGGAAUGGAAGGUUUUUUGUCAUCUUCUUAUGGGCAGGGAGUGUUUUCUGAGGGCGUGGCCCCCUCUUUGUUUCGCUACCAAGCGAUUCUCCUUCUUUCAAUUUCUGAAACUUGGAAAAAUAAGGGCUAAGUGUCUGGCAGCUAGGUGUGUCACAAAGAGAAAAUACCAGAGAAACACUUGAGUGCAUGUCAGCGAGGC